AUGGGCAAGCAGCCGGCAGCGGCGGCGGCGGGCGGUGGCGAGCCGAGGAGCCGUGCGCGUGCGUCCGGCACUGCCCCGCCGGCGCGUCACCGCGAAGAGAUUGCCCACGGCGUACGGCAUGCCGUGGCGCCGGGCGACGGUGGCGGCGCUGGUACCAGCGCCGCCGCCGCGGCAGGAGAUCGUUCGUACAGCCGACAUGCUAUCUCCCAUGAACACCAGAGGGUACAGUUCAAGGAGGGGCAGACGGGGGUUCAUGACGGCCGGAGACACGCGCAAUACGGGCCGGAGCAACCGCCGGUUCACGGCGACGGCGGGGCCGAAGCCCCGGCGGGGAGCAAGCCGGGACAGCCGUACUAUAUGUCGCCGUGGCAGAAAAGGUCGCGGCAACCUGUCCGACCGCCGAUCCAAGAACCGCACGUGCUCACGCACGAAAAACGGCCGGCGAUGCCCGCCGUGCCAGGAGGAACAACACGGCAGGAGAACACCCUGACCAAUCAGAAGACUAUCGAGCGCACCAGCACGAUCAGGGACGACGACGACGUCGGAGGCGGCGGCGUCCCUCACGGCGGUCUGCCGCCGGCCGGCGUCUGGCCGGAAGGACGUCCGUCGCCGUCGAGGCCGAGGACCAAAUCGCCGAGCCUCUUCCAUCCGACGAAAAAGAAGAGGCAGCCAGUGGCGUUCUGCUUCACCGCGUGCUGCAUCCUCUUCUGGCUGCUCGUCAUCGCCGUCGGCACGGCCGUGCUCGUCAUCUUCCUCAUCUACCACCCGCAGUCCCCCAAGAUGCAGGUCACCUCCGCCACCCUGAACGCCGGGUACGUCGACGAGCUCGGCGGCCCCGCCGGCGGCGGCCCGCGGGCGCUCAACGCCGACCUCACCGUCCUCGCCGCCAUCUACAACCCGAACACCAAGCUCCACGUCGUGCUGCGCUACAUGCAGCUCGACCUCUACUUCGAGGGCAGCAUGAUCGCCACGCAGGCGGUGUGGCCGGCGCCGCUGCACGAGGGCCCCCGCGGCAACGUGCUCCGGAGCGUGCACCUGGUGGUCAGCGAGGUCACCAUGACGCAGGAGGACGUGGCCGUGUGGCAGAGGGCGACGGGCAAGGGCGGCCCGGUGGUGCUGCAGCUCGCCGGCCGGUUCCGCGCGCAGCUCAUCUUCGGCCGCUGGUUCCGCUUCAACUACUGGGUCUCGCCGCAGUGCACGCUCUGGCUCGACCCGCCGCCGAGCGGCGCGCUCCGCCGCGCGCGGUGCUGA